AUGUACCACCUAGCUAAAGGCCUCUACCGCCUCGCAACCUCAAAGGAGGAAUACUCCCUCCUCCUCCUCGGCCUCGACAACGCAGGCAAGACCACCUUUCACGAGCAAGUAAAAUCCAUCUUCCACCCCGACGGCGCCGCCUCCGCCCCGGCCCCCAACCUCAAAACCGUCCCCACCGUCGGCCAAAACGUCUCCACCAUUAUUCUCCCAGACAUGUACCUCAAGAUCUGGGACGUCGGCGGCCAGCACUCUUUGCGCAAGCUCUGGCAGUCCUACUACGCCUCCUGCCACGCGAUUAUUUUUAUCAUCGAUUCGACUGAUAUCGGGGAUGGGAAUCUGGAGCAUGACUCUACCGGCAGAUUAGAAGAGUGCAGGCUUGUGCUGGAGGAUGUCCUGAAUCACAGCGAGACGGAGGGGGUGCCGUUGCUGGUGUUGGCGAAUAAGCAAGAUCGGGAGGACUGUGUCGAGGUGGUGAGGAUUAAGGAGGGGUUGGUCAAGAAGGUUUUUGAGGGGGAGAAGAGCGGGAGUAUCAGGGAUAGUAGGGUUUUGCCGGUGAGCGCGCUGACGGGGACUGGGGUGAAGGAGGCGGUGGAUUGGGUUAGGAGUAGGGUUAGGUGGAAUAGGGAGGGGAGGCCGCCUGUUAUGAGGUGA